AUCGCCCAACAAAAGACUUACUAACUCGACCCAACCGAGUAGUAGUCAUAACAAGUUUAUAUUUGUUCCUCGUGUUAACAUAAUAAAUGUCACAGUUUCUAGAAAAUUACUCAAUGUGCUUAUGAACAUACAGAACAUUAUCAAAAAUGUAUUGAGUAGCAACAGUCAAAACGUUUAUUUCUAUAAAUUUUUCUCUUAAUGAUUCUUUAGGACCUAGGUUAUAAAUCGCGCGAAUAGCCCUCUUCUGCAGCACAAAGAUAGUAUUAAUAUCGGCCGCACUGCCCCAUAACAAUAUACCAUAGGACAUAAUACUAUGAAAAUAACUAAAGUAUACCAAUCUCGCCGUAUCUAUGUCAGUUAACCGUCUAAUUUUCUUAACCGCAUAUGCUGCAGAACUCAGCCUAUUCGCCGAUCCUUCAAUAUGAAUGUCUCAGUUUCUAGAAAAUUUCUCAAUGUGCUUAUGAACAUACAGAACAUUAUCAAAAAUAUAUUGAGAAGAAGAGAAGAAGGAAAAAAAAGUAACUUAAAAGAAAUAUUUAUAGUGACUAUUCAAAAGCGCUCAAAUUAAGCCUAAUUUAAUGAAGUUUAAUUGACUUUGACUUUGGUGUGUUGCGUUCCGGCGUUUCUCCACAGUGUGGUAUUGAAGACACUUUUUGUCACAUACAACUAAACUGCGCAAUACACUUUCUUGUGCGGUGUUUCCAGGACAAUACGACAUACGACGCGUACACCUUCCUAAAAGGCUGUCAAAGCUACUGUAAUUUCUCUGAUGUUGCAGGAGAAUGUGGGCAGCGGUGAUAACUUAACAUACCUGAUGUUGGUCACCUGAGCACUACGCUUGUUUGUCCUCCUCUUCAAAAAUUAAGUUAAUAAUACUUACAGCCCAAUAAAUUGUUCAUAAUAACAUCAUAAGCAAAAGUACGUACAUGAGGUAGGUAUGUACCUACUUUUGCUUGAGGGUUGGACAAGGUACCCGUAGAGAUACGAAGCCCUCUCUAAUAGAUUGAACUUUAGAAUCUAAUUAACAAUCAGGCCACAUUAGUUAUGUAAAUAACAUUAACAAUAUUUACACAAAAUUACAAAGUUUGAACGAAGCAAUUUCUUAAUUAAUGAUUACUAAUAACGGGCAGGGCUAUAAAUACUUACUUUUACAUCGGAAUUCGUUUUGUUUUGUUUGUGGCUGCAAUGGAGUUAAACCGUGUCUUCCCUUAUGAGAUCCAGGAUGUUUCUGAAGAGGAUAAAGCAUUAAUAUGGAAUAUUGAAAGUAAGUCAUCUUCAUCAUCAUCAGCCUGAAGACGUCCACUGCUGGACAAAGGCCUCCCCCAAAGAUUUCCACGACGAUCGGUCCUGCGCUGCCCUCAUCAAACGUAUUCCGGCGAUCUGGACCGGAUCGUCGGUCCAUCUUGUGGGGGGCCUACCAGCACUGCGUCUUCCGGUACGUGGUCACGAUAGCGUGGCGCGAUUCGAGUGCAGAGUGAGUCAUCUGUCCGUCGAACUAUGUGCCCUGCCCACUGCCACUUCAGUAAGUCAUACGUUUACAUAUUAUAAUUUAAAUGGUUGGAGAUGCCAUUGCUUAAUUAAAUUGUGGGGGUAUUCCGUAGAGCUUAUUGAUCUGAUUUCUGUAGCCGAAAUCCAGCACGACACCACAAGCUACAAGCUUUUUGCCAUACAAACGUUCUCGAAUCUUUUUUUCUUGAUUUUAUUAUGCCCCGAGAUCAAAAUUAUUUUCAAAUAAGAUCAUUAUCUGUGUCUCUCUGUAUUGCCCUUUUGGUGUCAUUGUUUUUGUAAGUGCGAGUACUUCAAGAAGUGUUUAAAACGGCAUAGCCAUAUAGGCCUAGUAAGCAAACCCGACAACAAUAACGGAAAAAAGAGAGCUGCGGGAAUUUACAUAAAAGCUUUGUCGAAAGUGCUAUUUCGUGUUAUAUUUAGCUCGAUACAUAGUACAUAGCUACCUACAGUCCGUGUGUUAUUAUUCAUAAAUACUUAACGGAGAUUUAAAACAUCGUUAAUAUAUUAUACUUUUUGUAAAAUGGUAUUUAUAAACGCAUGUUAGUGCUAAAAUUCUAAACGUCUUUCUUAUUUUCUUUACACUAAGUGUUAGGUCAUUUAUUCGUCUAGAUAUACAAUGACAGCUGUGAACACGUCGAAAAAAAUUGAGUAUAGAACUAACUUCUAUUUUGAGAAAUUCACGCACACUAACACAAAGUGUUAUAUAAAUCGCGAAUGUAAAACGUAGCUUGUUACGCACACUAAACUUGUAUUCCUGGCAUGUUUUCAUCGGUUGUCUAACAUCAGGAGACUCUAUACAGACGUAUAAAUUAUCUAAGCUCUAAGUACUUUAACUGUUGGAAUACAUUAACAGGAAUGAAAAUUACAGGCGACAAUGGUCUUCUGCAAACUUGUUUGUUCUGUUUUUACAUAUACUGCACUAAUUUAGUAUUUUAUGUUUUAUAUAAAUUGAAUUUGUACUUACUGACUUUAACCACAGGAGUGAAACAAAAUCAUGUGCAAGUGGGACCGAGCAAGUAUUACUAUCCUGACAUUUAUAGAGAACUGGGCCCCAAAUAUUACAAUUUCGCUAUUCGACCCAACGAUGUUUUUCUCAUAAGCCAUCCAAGAUCAGGAUCUACUUGGACUCAGGAAAUGGUGUGGCUUAUAAAUAACGAUCUGAAUUAUGAAACCGCCAAGUCCAUAGAUGUGAGCCGCAGAUUUCCACUUAUGGACCUCAACUUGGUUGUUCGAGUAGAGAAGUCAAGAAUAGAGCAGAUACAGGAAGAAGAAACAAGGGAACAUAUAUCAUCAAUCGUCGAGACUGUGUUCGAGGACCUUUCCCUCAGCACAUCGCAGCGUUUCAUCAAAACGCAUCUGCCAUUUUCUCUGCUUCCACCAGACUUGCCAGAAACAGCUAAGGUUGUUUACAUCGCCAGAGAUCCCCGAGAUGUGUUUGUCUCACUCCACCACAUCCUGAUACAUCGGUUCUAUUUCGACAGGCCCGAUGAGUUAUGGAAUCUUUAUCGACGAGGACUGAUCCCGUGGGGUCCAAUCUUUCCGCACAUCAAAGAAGGCUGGGCUGCGAGACACCAUCCAAACGUGUAUUUCAUAUUUUACGAAGAUGUAGUAACUGAUUUACCUGGGUCAUUGCGUCGUAUGGCGAACUUCUUCGGCAAGACCUUUACCAAUGAACAGAUCGAAAAGCUGGCUGAACAUCUCAGAUUCGAUAAUUUUAAAGAUAACGAUUCCGUCAAUCAGCAGAAGACUAUGACCGAACUUGGAGUGUGCAACGAACAAAGUCGAUUUAUUAGAAAAGGAAAAAUCGGAGAAUGGCGUCACCAUUUCAAUGAACAACAAAAACAAGAAGUAGAGGAAUGGAUGCGAGAAAAUCUUGCUGACACCGACAUCAAAUUCCCCAUAUAUAACUGAGUGAAAUAAAAUUAACAAACAAAA